AUGGACUCUCAAAGUGGCCCGGUAGCCGACGUGACUUCGACAGUCCUAUACAACCUACAAUAUCAGCAUGAUUGGGCCUCCCUCAAUGUUUGUGAAACGACAGUUCAGCGGUCUUUGAUCAGAGGCUUGCCACCGCGCCGGCUCUACAUUCACCCAGACGAUCAAAUUGCUGCCCUGGAGCGCGAAAAGACUUCUGGAGAACCUCUGGAUCAAACCCCCGAGCUCGAAUGGGUGCUGGCAGUACAUCCCGAGGAAAAAUGGACUAUCAAAGGGUUUUCAAAUAUCUUCGAUUCUAUCGAGCACAAAGGCCCACGAGAGAAGAGGCUCGUUUUGGCAACGGUGCACAACGACUCUACUGUGGUCUAUUACCUGAUGCACGAGGGUAUGGUAAAGCCUCGCCAGAAUUGA